AUGGAUGAGCUGCAUGCACUGAACAAUCAGCGGUUUUACCGGGAGUGCAGCUUAUUCAUCUUCACGGAGACGUGGCUAACCGAGCUAACGCCAGAGGCUAACGUGGACCUGCGCGGUUUUGCGUCUGUGAGAGCCGACAGAGACGCAGAAGCCUGCGGGAAAAGCAGAGGAGGGGGACUGAUUGUCUACAUUAACAACAGAUGGUGUAAUCCAGGGCAUGUCUCCGUUAAAGCGUCUUUAUGCUGCCCAGACCUGGAGCUGCUAGUCGUUAGCAUGCGGCCAUAUUAUUUGCCUCGGGAGCUCAGUCACGUGAUCUGUGUGUGUGUUUACAUUCCUCCGAGGGCAGACGCGGCCACUGCCUGUGAGAAAAUACACAUAGUUACAGCAAGACUGCAGACACAGCACCCUGAGGCCUUCAUUAUAAUAACUGGAGAUUUUAAUCACGUCACUUUGGACUAUACACUGGCUUCUUUUUACCAGUUUGUGGAUUGCCCCACACGGAACAACAGGACAAUUGACCUUCUGUAUGCUAAUAUGAGGGAUGCAUACAGAGCCACCCCCCUCCCCCCAUUAGGGAAAUCAGACCACAACCUGGUCUACCUAAAACCCCAAUAUACACCCCUGGAUCAAAGGCAGCCUGUCACCACACGCUCCAUCAGGAGAUGGACCCCUGAAAUGGAGGAUGCCCUGAGAGACUGCUACGACACCACGGACUGGGAUGUGUUACUGAGCACACAUGGUGAGGACAUAGAGGGGGUAACACACUGUUUAACAGAUUACCUCAAUUUCUGUGUAGACGUGGUCGCCCCUGCUAAGACGGUACGGUGUUACCCUAAUAACAAACCGUGGGUGACACAGGAAGUCAAAGCUGUCCUCAACAAAAAGAAGAAAGCCUUCAGGAACAGAGACAAGGAGGAGAUGAAAACAGCACAGAGGGAGGUAAAACAAUGUGUAAGGGAGGCAAAGGACACAUACAGGAGGAAGGUAGAGCAGAAGCUGGGGGAGAACAAUAUGAGGGACGUCUGGAAGGGUGUGAAAACCAUCACAGGCCACAACACCAAGAACGGCACAGCGGGGGGGACUGUGGAGAAGGCAAACGAACUCAACAACUUCUUCAACAGCCACUUCACAGCGUCACAGCAGACCAGGUCAGGGGACAACUGAGGAAGCUUCGCCCCAGGAAGGCAGCAGGCCCAGAUAAGGUGUGCCCCAGGCUACUAAAAACCUGUGCUGCUGAACUCGGGGAGCCGCUACAACGUGUC